AUGGCGUACCGUGGAGCGACCCUCGUGGCCCUUGUGAUCUUGCUUCGCAUCCGCGUGUGGGGCUACAAGGUCUAUGCCAAUUCGACUAAUGAAGCAAUCCAUGCUACGCUGAGCUUCUGUCAGGUUCAGACGACGGCAGGCAGCGACACGUCCUGUGCGAAGAUCCUCGAGCAGUACAAAUGCUUUGCCACGUGGGAGAGCAUCUGUCCCGGGGUAGAUCACCCGCUCGGAGUCAAGUACAACAGAUGGACUGUGGCGCAGUUCUGCCAAAAAGGGUGCGAAGGGAAGGAGGGAGAGCCCUCGGGCCUUCGAAAGGUUCCCCUCUCGGAGAUCGGCGACAAUUUCCACUUUCCAGAGAGCGGAAAGGAGAAGAUCACCUGUUUGACGAAGCUGGUGAGUCAGGCCGAAGCAGCUGGCGAUGAGAAGAAGGAGGAAAUCUGGCGCAAACUCCUGAAGGCCGAAAUGGCGUUGGAGUUGGAGAAAAUUGCCGAGAUGGACCACUAUGACAAAGAAGAUGCAGCUCAAGUCAAGGUUGUCGGUUUGGAGGUGGCAGAAGAGCAGGUCAAGGAGGACUUCGACCAGGAGACCAAUCAAGUUCUGGAAAAGGUUCAGCUUUCGGAUGCUGAGAUCCAGAAGUACAUCGCAGCCCUGGAGGAGGCAAGCGGCCCGCAAAGCCAGAGUUCUCAUUGA